CUUCGUGUCAGUCGUCAUGCGUUCCCUGUAUGUCGUGCUGAUUUUAGUGGUGUACGAACAGUGCCCCUUGCGCGGUGUCGUCCGGGCGCAAUCCCAUUAUCCCAGCUAUGACACGACCGUGGCGCCGCCCGGUGGCCCGACGGGCAGCGACGGGCUGAAUGGACCGGGAACCGGGACGCUGCCGCUCAACUUCCUGUCGCUCCCUUAUAUGGACAAAAUCGACAUUAUCUGGGAUAAAAUCCUGUCGAUGAAGCACGACUGGAAUAAUCUACCGACGAAUAAUUACAGUAUACCACAAUUUAUCGAUGAAUUUGCUGAUUAUAAUAGGACACUGGUGCCGAUUUUUACGCAGCUGGGUGAUGAGAAUACGGUUCCGCAUACAAAGGUCAUCUGCCCGCAUGGAACGGCUUAUAAGGCGAUGAUGAAGAUAAACGACAACUCCACCUACACCGGCCUCUUCGGCCCCAACCAGGAGAUCCACGGCAUCUCCCGCCUACUAACCCUCGGGUACUCCCCACCCCCCACCUACACGGACAACUUCGCGCCCUUUGCCUCCUUCAAGUGGCCCAUCAGCGGCAACUUCUCCCAAGGUAUGGUCGCCGGCUACGACAUCAUCGGCCAGAUGCCCAACCGCAACUUCUUCAUGCGCCACAUCCAGAACCUCCUGGUCUUCCCGGCCAGCGGCAUCCUGCCCUUCCCCCGGAACAUCACCGUCGCCGGCUUCCUGGGGGCGGUGAACCAGCUGGAACCGCCGCCGCUGCGCCCGGAGACUUUUCCGCUGACCAUCGCCGUGUAUGAAGCCUGCGGAAUCUAUCAGAACGGGACGGUGGUGCAGCAGCCGAUUAAGGCGCCGUACACGUUCCGGCUGGAGCCCAACCACCAGUUUGAUAUCGAUCCCAAUAGUCAGCAGGAUUUCCGGUUGGAUCUGAAGCCCAUUCCCGCCGGGAGUAUCAUCUAUGACCUGUAUGCCCAGGAGACCAAUACCUCGGAUUAUAUUCGUAUUGGCCAUAUUCAGACCAUGUCCGAGCAGGUGUCAUCGGAGUAUGCGGAUAAAUACUUUCGUGUUCACCACGGCGUGACGCGCUGGUUGUCAUCGUAGAUUCGGUGAAUGUUCUGGGCGUGGUUUUGCUCCAAUUAGUCAGCCUAACAGAUUUUUGUUAGAUGACUUUUUUAUACGGGUUUGCAAUUUUUUACUGUUGGACUUUUUAUAUCGUGAUUUUAUGAUGAUGGAUAUUGUGUUCGUUGCCGGAUAUUCUGGUAUUUGCAUGUUUCUAUUCUCGUUAUUAAUUUUGUCUUUUAAAUU